AUGGCGAACUCCUUUGUGCCACUAGAGCCGACCACCUUUCUUCCAGCAGCCAAGGUGCCGAACCUCCUUGGACGCUUCUGUGUUUACCCACGGGAGCCAACGCGAAAUUCCUUUCCGCUGAACCCUCAACCUUUCUACUGUCAGAAUAACUUGCCUUAUUGUGUCGAAGCCUCAGAUCCCAGUAUCAUCCUUGAGAACAUAUCAGAUCUCUCUAUUCGAGCAUCAAUGGCAAAAUUUCUCAAAUUGAACUUCGAUACGACCGCAAAAGCAAAAACUAAGUGGAAAGGUAGCAAAGUGCGAGUGUUCACUCUCCCUUCUGAAGACACCGUAAUGGCAAACAUGCUUGCAGAUAAAAAUUUACGAGACCUCGUGAAUGGAAAUUUGAAAGAUGGCAAUGGUCUUUACUUAGUUGUUGGCUUCAUGGCAUUUGUCAAUGCAACGUUUGAGAGCCAUAACAGACAUGAAGUGAGUGCUAAUCUGGAACUCAACCUGGGCAAGGCUAUAGAGGCAGCUCUUAAGGCACAUGGGGUCCCUUUGCAAGUACCAGAUAUUAAUGCCUACAUUGGUGAACACAAUCGUGCACUCCAUCAAUGGCAAGCCACUUUUAUCGAUGAAACCAUCGUUGCCGUCAAAUAUCGAUACGUCACAAGGAAGAAAUAUCUCCUAUGGAAGUGCCAGAAAGGCGAAGUCACGCUUCGUGAUGUCAAGAGUGUUAAGGGAGCACGGAUGUUUGGUGAGCCAGAUGAUGCGGAGGCGCAAUUACUAGAUCUGAAAUGCUCGCUUAAAUGGAACAAAAACCCUGACACAUUGGAGGAUGGGGAUGAAAUCUUAAUAGCGCCUGUGGAGAAGAUACCUUUUGAUGGUGCGUCUUUCGAGCUGGACGGCAAAAUUGACUAUAUGCAUCAGUAA